GAAACAGCAACGAAACUCUCCUAAUGGAGUCCUUCAUCCCUUCCCCUCCCUAUAUAUACCCCAUUCCCUUAGCCCACUCCAACCAACCACCAUCACCCGACUUUCUCUUUCCUUCUCGUGCUACCUCUGAGCUUUUUUCUUUCUUCCCAAAUGGCUUCAUUUCAGGUAGCUAGAACUACCGUUCUAGUACUAGUAGUUGUGAGCUUAGGCCAAGUGUGCAUGGGAUCCAGAAGGCUAGCCACCUUGGUCCAACCAGCACCACUCGAAUACCACAAUGGAGCAGUGCUCCAAGGUGACGUCCCCAUCACCAUCCUCUGGUAUGGCAAGUUCACCCCAUCCCAAAAGUCCAUCAUCUCCGACUUCCUCCUCUCCCUCACCCCCCAACCCCACCAAAAGCUAUCAGGUCCUUCUGUAUCUCAGUGGUGGAACACCAUAGAUGAGGUCUAUUUGAGCAAGGCUGGAACCAAGAGCCCAAAGAAGACCCAAAUCCUUUUGGCUGGCCAAGUCUCGGACGAGAUGUGCUCUUUGAGCAAGUCCCUUACGAGAGACCAAAUCUCCGAGCUGGCGGCUAAGGCUGGCCCGAAGAAGAGCGGGAUCGUGCUGGUUUUAACGGCCGAGGACGUGACGGUCGAGGGGUUCUGCAUGAGCCGGUGCGGGCUCCACGGUUCGGACCGGAAGGCCGGCUCGACCUACAUCUGGGUCGGCAACCCGACGACCCAGUGCCCGGGUCAGUGUGCCUGGCCCUUCCAUCAGCCGGUCUCCGGGCCACAGACCCCGCCAUUAGUGGCGCCUAACGGCGACGUCGGGAUUGACGGCAUGGUGUUGAAUCUGGCGAGCAUGAUGGCCGGGACGGUGACCAAUCCGUUCGGCGACGGAUUCUACCAGGGGCCGAAGGAAGCGCCGUUGGAGGCGGCGACAGCGUGUCCUGGGGUUUAUGCCAAGGGGGCGUAUCCGGGAUAUCCCGGGGAUUUGUUGGUGGACCCUGCCACGGGGGCGAGUUACAACGCGAAUGGGGCCCGCGGGAGGAAAUAUCUAGUCCCGGCCUUGUUUGAACCGUCAACGUCCUCCUGCUCCACCUUGGUCUAGAAGUAGACGAUUAAAGGAGAUUUAUGUUGCAACUAUUUUAUGUAUAGCUUUCAAGCUAGUGGUGUAAUUUUUUUUAUUCGUUUAAUGGUUUUCUUUUUAGAAAUUGGAAGUCA